AUGGCGACCAAGUCUUUUAAGAUUAUGUUCUUGGGAGCCCCCGGCGCCGGCAAAGGCACAUAUGCGUCCCGUAUUGCGCCCAUGAUGCAUAUUCCAACCAUCUCGACGGGGGAUUUGGUGCGCCACGAGAUUAAGACUGGAACUGCGCUUGGCGCCAAGAUCGAGGCAUACAAUAACAGCGGUGCCCUUGUGCCCGACAAGAUUAUCCUGGAUAUGAUGGAGACUCGCCUGGCACAGGACGACGCAAAACGUGGCUUUAUUUUAGACGGUUUCCCGCGGAAUGUGCCACAAGCUCAAGCAUUUCAGCAUGUGACCGAGUUGGACCUGGUGGUGAACAUUCAUUUGCCUCAGUGGAUCCUUUUAGACAAGAUAAGUGGCAGAAGGGUGUGCACGAAAUGUGGCUCCGGUUAUAAUGUGGCCUUUAUCAAACAUGGCAAAUAUCACAUGCCCCCGCUACUGCCCAAAGUUGAUGGAAUUUGUGAUUUUUGCGGUGCGGCAUCACUAGUGCAGCGUCCAGACGAUACACCCGAGACGGUAAAGCAGCGAUUGAAGGUGUACAACCAGGAGACGGCACCGCUGAUUGAUUUUUACACCCAGUUAGGCAAUCUUAGGACGUUUGAGGUGAAGAAAGGACUAGCGGAUCUUAGUAAGCUGGUAGAUCUUAUAAACAAGAAGCUUUAUGCAUAA